AUGCUUCAGGUUUGCUCGAGUGCUUUUGUCAACUCAACAUGGACAAAAUCAUUGUACGGCUACGGAAUUAACGCAAAAGGCUAUGUACAACUUGACCGACCUUUUCUUAGCAAGCAACAUCAAAUAUUGAGUUGGCUAUGUGCAUAUGCGCAAGUCACUGUCACUUAUCAAUUGGUGAGUGACAGUAAAACACUACUGGUGACCACCUCUGCUUUGUCUCGAACCUCGUUUGAAUCGCAAGUAUCACAACUAAUCAGAGAUUUAACAAGACAAAUACCAUCCGACUUUCGAAACACACUGCGUUCUAUUGAUAUUAUAUGGCAAACAAAUGCGUUCCCAUCAUCUUUCAAUACUGAUUGGUCCAUCGAAUAUGGAAACGAAUCCAAUGACUACUUGCUGCGAAGUAUUCCACGAGCAUUCCAGAAUAGUACAUGUACUUGUGUCACUUCGAACCAAUGUCAACAACCCUUAAGAAUUGGCCCUCCUGGACUUCUUUUACCUGGUCUUGUUGUUGGUUGUUCGCCUAUGGAUGGACUACGCAUGUCGACACUCGAAUGUUUCUUCUCAUCAAAUUGUAUCAACAUAAUCAUUAAUUAUCUCGAGUACUACACGCAGAUAGAUGGAUCACCACCAACAGACUUUGUUCCUUCUGUAGAACCUACAUUGAUCGUUCCAGCACUUAACAGUUCCACACCAUCAAGAUUUUCAUCGGACACACCAAUCGGUCAACUGAUCGAUGAUCUCUUUAUUGAGGAGUGGCUUAAUACGAGUACAUAUGAAAGCUAUUUUGCUACAUGCGCUCCAAGCAUAUGUCAAUAUCAAAAUGUUGAAACUCAUGAUGUCUGGUAUGUGAUCACAUCACUUUUAGGACUUUAUGGAGGACUCACUGUGACUUUACGAUUCAUUGUUUGGAACAGUGUACGAUUUUAUCAAAAAAUUAAACGUCGUUUUCACUUUCGUCGUAUCAAAGUAACAAUCAUUAAUGAGUAA